CCUUGGGCUCCAAUCUACCCAUGAGUAAGAGCAAAUGCUCCGUGGGACCGAUGUCCUCUGUGGUGGCCCCGGCUAAAGAGUCCAAUGCCAUGGGCCCCAGAGAGGUGGAACUCAUCCUCGUCAAGGAGCAGAAUGGAGUGCAGCUGACCAACUCCACCCUCAUCAACCCGCCGCAGACACCAGCGGAGGCUCAGGAGCGGGAGACCUGGAGCAAGAAAAUCGACUUCCUGCUCUCAGUCAUCGGCUUCGCGGUGGACCUCGCCAAUGUCUGGCGGUUUCCCUACCUGUGCUACAAAAAUGGUGGAGGUGCCUUUCUGGUCCCCUACCUGCUCUUCAUGGUUAUUGCCGGGAUGCCCCUCUUCUACAUGGAGCUGGCCCUUGGGCAGUUCAACAGAGAAGGAGCCGCUGGCGUCUGGAAGAUCUGCCCUAUCCUGAAAGGUGUGGGCUUCACGGUCAUCCUCAUUUCUUUCUACGUGGGCUUCUUCUACAACGUCAUCAUCGCGUGGGCUCUGCACUACUUCUUCUCCUCCUUCACCAUGGAUCUCCCGUGGAUCCACUGCAACAAUACCUGGAACAGCCCUAACUGCUCCGACGCCCAUGCCAGCAAUUCUAGUGAUGGCUUGGGCCUCAACGACACGUUCGGGACCACGCCUGCUGCUGAGUACUUUGAGCGUGGCGUGCUCCACCUCCACCAGAGCAGUGGUAUUGAUGACCUGGGCCCUCCACGGUGGCAGCUUACAGCCUGCCUGGUGCUGGUCAUUGUCUUGCUCUACUUCAGCCUGUGGAAGGGAGUGAAGACCUCAGGAAAGGUGGUGUGGAUCACAGCUACCAUGCCUUACGUGGUCCUCACUGCCUUGCUACUGCGUGGAGUCACCCUCCCUGGAGCCCUGGAUGGCAUCAAAGCAUACCUCAGUGUGGACUUUUACCGGCUCUGCGAGGCAUCUGUGUGGAUCGAUGCUGCCACCCAGGUGUGCUUCUCCCUGGGCAUUGGUUUUGGGGUGCUGAUUGCCUUCUCCAGUUACAAUAAGUUCACCAACAACUGCUAUAGAGAUGCAAUCAUCACCACAUCUAUUAACUCCCUGACAAGCUUCUCCUCUGGCUUCGUCGUCUUCUCCUUCCUGGGGUACAUGGCACAGAAGCACAAUGUGCCCAUCGGAGAUGUGGCCACAGAUGGACCUGGAUUGAUCUUCAUCAUCUACCCUGAAGCAAUCGCCACACUCCCGCUGUCCUCGGCCUGGGCUGCUGUCUUCUUCCUCAUGCUGCUCACUCUGGGCAUCGACAGUGCGAUGGGAGGAAUGGAGUCUGUGAUCACUGGGCUUGUUGACGAGUUCCAGCUACUGCAUCGGCACCGAGAGCUCUUCACUCUUGGCAUUGUCCUGGCUACCUUUCUGCUGUCUCUCUUCUGCGUCACCAAUGGUGGCAUCUACGUCUUCACACUGCUGGACCAUUUCGCAGCUGGCACAUCCAUCCUCUUUGGGGUGCUCAUUGAAGCCAUUGGGGUGGCCUGGUUCUAUGGUGUCAAGCAAUUCAGCGACGACAUCAAGCAGAUGACAGGGCAGAGACCCAACCUGUACUGGCGGCUAUGCUGGAAGCUGGUCAGUCCCUGCUUCCUCCUGUAUGUGGUUGUGGUCAGUAUUGUGACCUUCAGACCCCCACACUAUGGAGACUACAUCUUCCCAGACUGGGCCAAUGCACUGGGCUGGAUCAUCGCCACAUCCUCAAUGGCUAUGGUGCCCAUUUAUGCCACCUAUAAGUUCUGCAGCCUGCCAGGGUCCUUCCGAGAGAAACUGGCCUAUGCCAUCACACCUGAGAAAGACCGCCAGCUAGUGGACAGAGGGGAGGUGCGCCAAUUCACGUAUUAUUUUCUUGGUUCGCAAACACAAAUCCUUGAGAUGUGUUCUUAAUGAACGAACAGACUCCCGACCUUCAGCUGCGCCACUGGCUGUUGGUGUAAAGUGGAAGAAGACAGAAGCCAAGUGGGCCAUAGCACAACCGCAGGGACAGGGAGCUCACGAAAGGAAACCGGAGCGUCAAGAAAGGAUCGCCGCUUCCACACUUCCCCUUUGCUAUAUGGAAAAACAAUCAAAGCACAGGCUUCAGUCUUUGACUGUUCACAUCCAAUCCAUGCUACCAAAAAAAGAGGCCUCUGUCUGUACAUGGCUGUAAGAACACUCAUCUCUAGACAGUGAGGUCAACCAUGUCCCUGUCUCUGCCAGGUGGUAUCCUGUCCCUGCGAGGCUGACUCCCCCAUGUGUGAUCACCGCGGGAGGAUGGGUCUUACCAUCCCCUGUACUCUAGGAGAGGGACCUGGGUACCUGUAUAUACACUGUGCCGGAAUCCUUGUGCUCACAGUAGCUGCCUAGAUCAUUUCUUUUGCUCAGAUUUACAAUGCCAAGUAAUCCUGUUUUGUCUGCUGUGUAGAAGGUAGGGAAGACAGUCAAUACAUGCCAAGUGCUUCCCUGGUGCUUGGCUCUGAGCAGACACCACGACCUUAGCAUCCUGUUCAUACAUCACACACACAUAGGGUCUGUUCUGAGCCUUGGAGGACAAGGAACUUGGUGCAAGUAACCAGAGAUUCUAUGUUUUUUUUUUUUUCCUUUGUAGCCGAGAUAAAUAGACAUGAAAUAAGGUUGAGAUACAGCCCCUACUUCUGGCCCCUGGGAGGUCUGCUCAGCUUGUGGUCACUUCAGUAUGGAAUUUUAGGCCACAGAGAAAGUGUACUCCUUAUAGUCAGUGUGUCUCAACCCCUGGACACCUGCUCUGCAAGGGUCCCAAAGCAAAAGAUCAUAUUCUUGGCCUGGAGUCAUGCCUGAUCUUUGAGGAAAGAUACCCGUUAUUGGGUUUGAUUUCCCAGAGGCUCUCAUUACAUCAAUGAACAUUAUCCACGUUAUGACUUUUUAAAAUCGUAUUUAUGUGUGAACCAAAAUUCAAGGUUAGUUUGUUCAAAUCUGUUUGCUGAUUUCCCUGUUUUUGUUCACAAGAGUAAUUAGCAAUACCAUAGGAAGAAGGUAGACCAAGAACCACCUUCCCACAGAGUGCUGGCCUUAGCCCCUGGAGUGAAAAGCAGAUGUUAUGAUUUUCCUUUGAUCUAAUAAAUGUGAACUUUGGCCUGACCUGUAUCCUACAGAAAUGGGAGAGCUAAACAUAGGCGUUCUCUGCAAGUAGACAUUGGUACGAAGGACUUGAAUGUGCUACCAGGUGGAAAUUUGGGGCUAUUGACUUCAAGACUGCUGUGG